UUUUAUUAUUGUCAUGUCAUUAGAAGAUUUGCAAUUCGUAAACAAUAAAUAUCAAUAUUCCUUAAGGAAGGGUCAUUGCUUAAGGUUUUGUUAGGUUAUUUAAACGAUAUAUGUUUACAUUUUGUUUAUAAAGUGCAAAUUGGAAAUGGUUGGAUACAACAUGAAUGGACCAGCGAGAGAUCAUGUCAUGAAGUUAAUUCAAGAAAAAGAUAGAAUUGAAAGCGAAAUUCGUGAUGAAAACGCAGUCUUGGCGGCGAAUAAUGUUGGAAUGCAAGACUCCCUUGUCGACAUGCACGGUUUUCCUCGCAGCGACAUUGAUGUAUACAAAGUCAGGCACGCAAGACAUAAAAUAAUCUGUUUGCAAAAUGACCACAAAAAUAUCAUGAAACAAAUAGAACAAGGUUUAAGUGAAGUUCAUUCUCAGUUUGUUUCUAAUGGUGAAAGCACAUCAAAUUCGAGGAUGCAUAAUGGCCAUAGUAAUAAUGUUGAUGGCCAUAGUAAUAAUGUUGAUGGCCAUACUAAUAAUGUUGAUGGCCCCAGCAGAAAUGGGAGUUCGAUAGAAAAUAAUAACAGUUUUGCUAUUGUGGGCUUCGUUCAAGAGGGCUCACCUGCUGAUUUGGGGGGCCUAUGUGAAAAUGAUAAGGUGCUCCAAUUCGGCUCUAUCAAUGCAAAUAACUUCAUAGACGUCACCCAGCUACAUAACAUUGUAUCACACUCGGUUGGCCAGCCCAUACAAGUACAAGUCAGGCGAGAUAGACAUGUACUCAAUAUUACUGUUGUUCCUCGGCCAUGGGCGCAACCAGGAUUACUUGGCUGCCAAAUAUCAAGACAAAAUGUAUUAUGAGCACUUAUUUAAACUCGAAAACUGGUAUUCCAAGUGGUAGUCGAAAAAUAAACAAGUUCAAGUUGACUUCAAGUCCUUAGCAUCGCUUUGAACCUAUUAGUUUUCUUUAUAUAUUAUUAUUGUAAUGAAGUAUAUUGAAACCUAUAACUUUGUAUAUGCAAAAACUUCUAACAUUAAUCUUAACAAUAAAACUUAAAAAAUUAUAUAUAUAAGGGGACAUAUUCGUUUACAUUUAAUUGUGAACAGCAAUCAAUUAAAUAUUAACAUCAUAAAGCUUUGCUAUAUAUCCUCCGAGUAAAUAAAAGCUAUGCUCUACAUGAAGAUACAAAUCACAAUCAUAGCAUUCAUUUUCCCCUAGAGAUGGUUUAAAGUUAGUGGUAUUUUGGAGUCCAUGCUAAAAUUAAAUGAAAUACUACUUUUAAAGUAAUGAUAAAAUUUUUGUUAGAAUUUGUUACAGAAUAAUUUUAUUAAUCGUAGUUUUCGUAUACAAUCUGUAAAUUAUAAUUUCGCGUUGACUCGUUACGUAUGUAGUAUUAAUUCUACUAAUGUAUAACGGUUACGAUACGUCCCCGAUUCAAUUUUAAUAAAUUUUUCAAUCAUUUCAUCCAACUUUUUUAUUCUAUAUAUAUUCGUAUCGGAACCAAUCCGACACGAUGUUACCAUAUACCGUUAUGUCAAAACAUAACAUAAUAGUUAACUUUUAUGUCAAUAGUGGAUAAUUAAAAUAAAGAAUAGGAAAACGGAUAAACCACUACGAUUCGGUUGCGAUAGUGACAAUUUGUUCGAAGAAUUCUAGUAUUCGUCUACUGUAGUGUUUAACGAUCGCUUGACGUGUUGUUUAUUUAUUACACAAUUUUAAUUUUUUAUAAUAAAUACGAUAUUUAUAAAAAAUAAUAAAACGCAUAAAUAUUGCGUAAUAAGUAGAAUAAUAUUGUUGAAUGCAUUCAGUUAUUUAAAAAAAAAACUUAAUUUAACCCUAUUUUUUCCAAUUUCAAAGUCUUGACGUCUUUUUAUUAAGUCAUUUAAUAACAAAAUCUAACCUCCCAUAAUAAUAAAA